UUCAAGGCAAACCAUAUCGAUUCUUCGGUGUAUUCUACGGUGAUACGUGAUAUUUAAUUAAACCAACUUGGGGUGUUCAAAUUUGUAAGAUGGCUGAGAUUCAAGCAGUUAAAUCAGUUUGCGUUUCAUGCAAGAAGGAAUGUGGAAGCCAUUUUUGCAAAGUUUGCAAAAAAACGUGCCACGCAAUUCCGCCUUGCUCAACAUCAGCAGGUGAUGAUGAAGGUUUUGGUGCCCAGGUCUUGUGUAGUGGCUGUGCAAAAACUGAGACAGCAGCAGUGGCUAAAAAUAAGCAGCAAACACUGUCUAAGGAAGAGUUUCAGUUUGCCAACAUGUUUAAAAGACAUAGCAAGCAGCAGAAAACAGGACCAGAAGCAAAGCGAGCAAAGAGUGGACACGAGAAAACCCCAAUGGGCUUUUGCUUACUUUGUUUUAGGCAAGGCAAACGCAAAUUUUGGCUUGCUAGAGGGAACAAGUCCUCUCUAGCAAACCAUUUAAAAACUCACAGCGACAAGGGCGAAAAGACCUUAGCAAAUGACGCUAUUAGAGAAGAUUCCCCUCUUGCUAAAUCUGCGCUACAGGCGUACAAAAUGCUUAAAUCGGCUAGUACAAGCCAAGUGCAACAAAAGUGUGGUGGCGACGGAAUGGGAGAACGGAUAGAAAUUAUGGAAGUCGAUGAAAGAGAGCUUGGUAAGGAUACGGCUGGACAUGCAACUGACGAACUUUCGUGCAAAAUCGUUUCUGGUGUCAGUGAAUCUGAAAGUUGGGAGGAAACCGAUGAAAAAGAUGAGAGCGAAGAGAUUGUGAGAGUUAAUGCAGUAAGUAAGACGAGUAAGGCUGCCUCUAUUUCAAACACCAGCCGUCUUAGCUAUCAAAGCUCGCUUGGAAGUUUUCUUCCUUCAAUUUUAUCAAGUGAGCAAGGCGACCUGCCAUUUGAUGUGGACGAACUUGCGGAAAAAUUGCUACUAAGGUGGCACAAAAGUUGA